CAUGGACUGCUGCGCGGGCGCAGGGUUCUCCAGGUCCAGCCCUGCCGCUCCAACACACCCUGAGCGCAUGCGCCUGGAGAGGCGGGGAGACAUGGAGAACUGUUUGGCGGCCGCAGCUCUGAACGGGGUGGACCGACGUGCCCUGCAGCGCACCGCUAGGCUGGGUCAAGAAGUGCUGGAGCGGGCCAAGAGGAGGGCAGUGGACUGGCAUUCGCGGGAGCUCCCCAGAAGCAGCGUGGGGGUCACUUCCCGGGAGCAGCCUUACCGAGAAAGACGGCCGGCCGCCGGCUCCCAGCACCUUCUCCCGGGAGAGAGAGAAGAAAGACAGCCAACCCUCAGUGCUUCCUUCAGAACAAUGGCAGAAUUCAUGGACUAUACUUCAAGUCAGUGUGGGAAAUAUUAUUCAUCUGUACUGGAGGAAGGAGGGGCAGCCCACGUCUCUCGUUAUCACAGAGGGAAGUCAGAGCUGCAUUUACACUGUGACAGGGGGAGUGGUCAGAGACAAGACACCUCUCUUGGUCUUGGAGGCAUCUCUCACGCAUCAGAGUGUGCUCUAGAGGCCUCUCAGCAGCCUGUGGAGAACAUCUCCAAGGACCUCUAUAUUGAAGUAUAUCCAGGGACCUAUUCUGUCACUGUGGGUGCAAAUGACUUAACCAAGACUCACGUGGUAGCAGUGGACUCAGGACAAAGUGUGGACUUGGUCUUCCCCGUGUGAUGUUGACCAUCCCAGCCAUCACAUCACCUUUUCUUAAGUAGCAAGAAGAAUAAAGUCACAUGAUUCUCUUAAUAUUUACACAUUACUCCUGCUUUUAGUGCUGACUGUAGAGGGUCAGCCUUCCUGGGAACUGGAGUUUGUCUCUUUCAGUGCCUAUUUCAGCUUACCUCUAGAAGUGCCCACUCCCCACCUUUUGCUGAAAAUAAUGUGAUGCAUCUGAAUGGUUUUUAACUGCUUACUUUCGAGGUAAAGACUAAUUAUGAUAAUAAAGGAAGAGAUUUGGAAAUGAAGAGAAUUCCUUUUUAUUGGUAUUAAGAGGCGAAACUGUCCCUCACGCCCAGCUAUAGGCUUAUGAUGGCAGAGACUGUGGACACAUUUGCCCACAGCAGGCCAGUCAUCCCUUGCACCUUCUGUGGAAGAGGCAUCCUGGAGCAGUCUCCCCAGCCCCCAGCAGGGAAUCCUAGCCACAGCCACCACACUCCUUUGCCCCUGUGGCAGGUGCCUUCCUGCCACUCGUCUGCCAGGAACCCUUAAUGGGUGAAGAUGCUGAUGCUUAUUCGAUGGUCACUUGAGGCCUGCACUCUGCCUCCAUCCAUUGAAGGAGGACUUGUCAGCCACUUUGUAAUGCCUCCUAGGGUAUUUGCCACCCCUACUGUUUUAGCUUCCUGUAAAAAAAAAAAUAAAAAUAAAAAAAUAUCCUGAGA